AUGACAGGUGAGGAUUCCAUCAGCACCUUGGGCCUGAUCCUGGGCGUGGGACUGUCACUACUGCUCGUGUCCAUUUUGGGCUACAGCCUGGCCAAGUGGUACCAGCGUGGGUACUGCUGGGAUGGGCCUAACUUUGUCUUCAACCUGUACCAAAUUCGGAACUUGAAGGAUCUGGAGACAGGCCCACCAUACACCAUCAGUGGCCACAUCAGCAGCCCAGAUGGCAGCUACAUGCGCUUCUCAGACAGGCUGGUCUGAAGGGGGCAGAGCCAGGCUGCUGGAGCCCUGGAGAGGUUGAAGUACACAGUACCAACCGCCCUGUGGUGGACUAAGAGUGCAGAAGAGGAAGCAGAGCAACAAUCAGGUGAGAAAAGUGGUCUAGGUGAGAGGCGAUGGUGGAUUUGAUCAGUAGUACGACAGUGAAGAGGUGUUAAUAAGUGACUUAGAAAAAUUGGUGGGACCUAUUGGAUGGGUCAUAUUGGUGUAUGCAGGAAUGAUCCUGGGUAUUGUCCUCAAUUGUCCUGAACAACUGAGUAUGUAACUUGGUGCUGCCAAUUACUAAGGGUGAGGACAUGGGUGAUUCUGGUGAAGGUGAGACUAUGAAAAAGCAAGGGGGGUAGGUGGGAAUAUGAGGACAAAAGAGAGAAGGGGGCAAGGCAGGAAGAGAGGCCAAGAGCCAAACAGUGUGGCACCUUCAUCUGGGACUUUCAGCCCUCCAGCACUAAAAAGUGAAUGUCUAAUGGCUAAGCCCUCAUAUCUUUGGUAUUUUUUUGUGGCAUCUGGAGCAGACUAACACUGCCCCCAACUCAGUUUGCCUCCUACUUCCAUGUCGUGCGGAAUAUGAGUGUCUUUUUUUUUUUUUUUUUAGUGUUUGUGUGUGUGUAUUACUUUAUUUUUUAUUUAUAAAAAGGAAACAUUGACAAGACCAUAGGAUAAGGAGGGGUACAACUCCACACAGUUCCCACCAUCAGAACUCCGUCUCCCAUCCCCUCGAUAGCUUUCCUAUACUUUUUUUUUUUGCCUCCAGGGUUAUUGCUGGGGCUCUGUGCCUGCACUAUAAAUCCACUGCUCCUGGAGGCUAUUUUUCCCAUUUUGUUGCCAUUGUGGUUGGGCUUGUUGUAGUUAUUGUUGUCAUAGCUGUUGUUAUUUUGGAUAGAACAGAGAGAAAUGGAGAGGGGAGGGGAAGACAGAGAGGAGGAGAGAAAGAUAGACACCUGCAGACCUGCUUCAUCGCUUGUGAACCGACCUCCUGCAGGUGGGGAGCCUGGGCCUCAAACCGGGAUCCUUACACUGGCCCUUGCGCUUUGCACCAUAUGCGCUUAAUCCGCUGUGCUACUGCCUGACAUCUGAUAUUUUUCCUAUUCUUUAUCCCUCUGGG